AUGCUUACUGCGUUUUCAGUCGAUCUACAAAGACUCGGUGUGAUGGACAACAGCCUUGCAGACCCUGCUCCAGCAAAGACCGGGAUUGUUCUUAUCGGCCCAGUCGCCGGGGCGGUCCCCGAAGAGGCAUUCGGUAUGCCGAAGCACAGCGAUCCCGUUCUGAUCAUCAAGGUCCACCCGCUCCAUGUUCUCCAUCCUUUCUUGGAUGAUAUGAUCGGCCUGGUCUCUCCUUUUGCGGGCGUCCACAAUCUUGAUCUUACACCAGAGUCUCUAUCAGACGCAAAUGAAUCUACUCAACAUUGGGGUCAGCUUACGCCUAGUACAGAUGGCCCAUUUGCAUCUGCAUCAAUUUCUGAUUCGGAUAAUUUUGCUGUUCGAGCUUAUCUAUGCGAAGACGACAUUGUCAAUGCCUACUAUAUUUACAUUCACCCAUAUAUUCCAUUACUACCAGCUUCAGAUAUGCCACCGCGUGAAGAUUGCCAUAGCCCGACUCGACUCCCAAAUGAAGCCACGGAACCAAGCAGAGCCGACCUGCCCUACUGGCCAAAAUCAUCUCUGGGUCUCGCGCUGUCAGCAUUACUUGUCAUGAUUCCUCUUUCGAAAGACCCUUCUUCAAUCUCAGAUAUGGGCAUCUUUGUCCGAAGAUCUUAUGCACAGCUUUUUGCCCAGGCCGCACUAGCAUGUGUGGAAAGAGAUACCGAUGACCUGGGCCCAGGACUGAAUUUUGCUACUCCUGGUGCUGGAAUGACCCAAGACAAAUCUUCUCUGCAUUCACAAGUGCCCGCUCAACUCGAACAAACAUUAGCUCUUGUGGUGCUUUCCAUAUAUGAGUACUGCCAGCGAGGCAAUGUGUCGCGAAUGCGUGCUCGGAUCAACCAGGCCAUCACCACAGCCAUGGAUAUUUCACUUCAUAACCUAGGGUCCUCACAAACAGCGCACUCAGAGGCCCAAAGACGGACGUGGUGGAUCACGAUGUUUGUGGCCUACCUCUCAUCAAAUCUCCAUCUUGCACCACCAGUCAUCACUUUAGAUGAUCCACGCAUUACGACUCCUUUCCCACAAUUCGAUGUGGAAUUAGAGCCUUGGGGGUUCUUGAUGCAAGCCCAGAGAAACCUCUUUGCGUCAAACCAGAUGAUCAACAGCAUCGAGCGUAUGGAUGACACAGCUCAACCAGAUCGCAGCGACCAAAUCAAGAGCCUUGACUUCCAGAUUCUGUCUCUCAUGACCGAAUCAGAUCGCAGUCUCCGAGUAACAUUCGGCGAACAAGGCGAAGCAUCAAUAGCAGAGAACAUGUGGAGACUUGGUAGGAUUAUCAUUUUUACCGCUCGAACUCGCCUUCACCGUUUCAGAGCAUUCAUGAACAUUCCCCUCUUCUUGGAUAAAUACUGCCACCUUCCCUCAAUAAACAGCAACGGCCUCUCCGAACCUUCACCGACCUGGGUUGCAGAUCGUGAAUCCUCAUUCCCAUUUACUGAACAGGAAUCCUCCAACAUCUGCCUUAAAGCAUCUCUGGUGGUUGCAACAGCUUUUCGCAAUUUACCAUAUCCAAAUCUCAAGGGAGAAUCUUGCGAUGGAGGAAGAUCAAUGCGCAGAUUUCCCCAUACUAUUCCAUUCUUUGCUUGUUGCGCAAUGCAAAGUUGCUAUACUCUCUUGAUGCUCCUUCAUAAAGUGCGUGCGUGUCUAGCGACGGAUCGUCUGGCAACCUGCUAUCACCUCUUGAACAAACCCGAGCUUGCGACCGAGACAUCUGAUGUGGAGCGAUUGACAGAGGAGCUUCGACACGGAGUGGAAUCGCUUGGAGGAUCGAUGAAAGCAGAUAUUAUCUUCGAGGGUGUCGGAAGUAUGGGACGGGAGAUUGAACAUGCCUAUCUGGCUGCUUUCCCAGAAGGUACGGAAUUCUAA